CUCAUUCUCAUUCUCAUUCUCAUUCUCAUUCUCACUCUCACUUUCACUUUUAUUCUUUGUUCACUCCAUCACUCGAACUUCGUUUCAAAUCAAUCAGAGAGGCUGAUUCACCACCCUCCCAUCCACCUACAAAAAGGGGACCGCAGCUGCACCCAGAUGACUGAGGGAUCGCCAAGCUAAAGCAACCCACACCAACCAAGCUCUCAAAAGGCCAUGAUGCUGCAGCGUGCAUACCGCCCCAAUGCCGGGGCCGCCCUCCGGUUCCACGUCCCCGCGCGCACUAUCCGCGCCUCGGCUCCACGAUGGACUCGUCCGUACUCGAGCAGCACCGGCCCGUCAUCAAGCUCCUCCAAGCUGCCAACGUACGCACUCGGGGCCGCUAGCGCCGUCGCCGGAUACCUCAUCGCCAAGGCCACCAGCACCCCUUCGAGCUUGAAGCCUGGCACCCUUCCCAGCCUGGGACCCGGGCCCGUUGACUUGGAUGCCCUGGCUAAGACGCCGGUUGAUGGGGGCAGCUUUGAGACUGCGGACGCGAAGCUGCGUGAAGAUGUCUUCGUGGGUUCUUUCACUCCCGAAGGCAAGCACGCCCACGUCCAUGCCGCGAGAGUCGCGAGCAACCACCCUGUCGAGGACGUCAUGACAUUCUCACUCGGCCCGGGUGUUGGAAACUCGGAGACUUUGUUCAACGGCGUCUACGAUGGUCACGCCGGUUGGGCAACCUCGCUGCUGCUCAAGAGCGCCCUCAUCCCCGCCGUAUCCUCCUCCAUCGCCCAGCUCAGCCGUGGCACCGAAGACGCAGCAGUCGAAACAGCCAUCGCUAAGGCCUUCACCAACCUAGACGACCUGAUCACAUCCAACGCCCAAAAGGCCCUAGCUGGCCUCAAAUCCGGCGCCGUCGAGCCCGCCGACUCGAGCGUCAUCGCCGCCCUCGCCCCCGCCAUCGCAGGGUCCUGCGCCCUCCUCUCCAUCUUUGAUCCAGCCACCUCGACCCUCCGCGUAGCCUGCACUGGCGACUCUCGCGCCGUCCUGGGCUCCAUCGCUCCCGGCGCGACCUCGUACUCAGCCCGCGCCCUCUCCAAGGACCAGACAGGCCAUAACAAGGAUGAGUUUGACCGCAUCGCCAAGGAGCACCCUGGCGAGGAGGCAGACAUGAUCGACACCAAGAGCGGUCGCCUCUUCGGCAUCGCCGUCACCCGUGCGUUUGGCGACCACCGCUGGAAGUGGACCGCAGAGGCCAUCAAGGAAGCCCAGAACGACUUCUUCGGCACCGGUGUGCGGCCCAAGUACCUCACGCCACCGUACAUGACCGCCGCCCCCGUCGUGACCACGGUUACCGAGAUCAAGGGCCCCGACUUUGUCAUCCUUGCAUCUGACGGCCUGUGGGAUCACAUCUCGUCCGCCAAUGCGGUGGAAUGCGUGUCGCGCUGGAUCACGGCCAAAAAGGCCGGCGAAAAGACACCGAAAGACAAGCUUGCCGUGACUCCGGGAGUCAAGAGCGAGUUCGACAUGUCUGCAGGCUGGGCGAACUGGUACGCCAAGCCGGAGCACUUUGUUGUUGAAGACCUUGACAACGCGGCUGUGCAUCUGAUCAAGAAUGCGCUGGGCGGCACGCGCAGGUCCCUCUUCACCGGCGUCACGCUCGCGUACCCGCCCUUGGCGAGGAACGUCAGGGAUGAUGUUACGGUGCAGGUCAUCUUCUUCCAGGACCCAGCCAAGGAGGCUUGAUUUUUCUGGGGUUGUCUACAGAUUUGCAGAGCAAUCGAACAUUUCCUUAUCUUCCCGACUUUAGGUCACGGCGUUAGGUUUCUUUGACACUCGGAGGUGUUUCUUCAACAACUCAAAUGCCAUGCCAUGGUCAACGACUCGAAAAAGUCUGUGAUGCAGAGCACAUCACCAUCGACCAACAUCAACAUCACGAUUCUGAUAGCAAAAACACAUAGAAACUCGCAAACCCUUGAAAAACAAUACAAUAAUACUAUCCAUGGCAAAACACAAAUUUCAGGUUGCAAGCUCCCAGUGUUAGCCCACCAAGCCCCUGCGCUCAAGUACUUUACCUACCUUAUAAAGCAAUACCACUCAAUAAGUGUAAGC